UACGAAAGUUUUAACCUAUCCGUGUACGUCUUGUUUGGCUUUUCAACAGUUUGAACUGCGGACUGCCAAAUCUGUGCUUGUGUUGCAGUGUUUCUAACACAGGCGCACAAGAAAACGAAUAAAAUUAAAUCACUCGGAUAAGAUGUCCUCAGAUGAAGGGGAGCCGGCCAGUCCACACCUACCAAGAGACUCAGACAGGGGCAGCUCAGUGUCUUCUGAACUUCAAGAGGAGUAUGAAGAACUGCUUCGCUUUGCUGUAGUCACUCCAAAGUAUGAUCCAAGUAUCCCAUCACAGCUGAUGAGCAGCUCAUUUGCUUUAAGAGCUGCCCAGAAUUCCAGUGCAAUGGAUCCUGCACGACUCGAGGCGGUUGAGGACGUUAGAGGGAAUGGGAGACGAUCGUCACCUGUACAUGAGGUGAUUUCAGUCACCUGUCCUCCACAGUUAGAAGGAUCCCGACCACAGAGUCAAAUUUCUGAAGGGGACGAGGUGGCAUCCAGGUCUGACGGAGGAUCGGAAGGAGCACAUACUGACUCAGACAGAUCUGGGAAGAGCAGUCCAGAUCAUGUGAUCAACGUGAUGACGGAGAUGUUUGUGUCUGAGGAGAACCUGAACAAGAUGGAGGACAUUUUGGACACAUGGAGCAACAACUUGAAGAGCAAUGUGAUGACGGAGCUACGGAAAUGGAAAAUGGCCUUUGUGGAGCAGCACAGAUUGGAGAUAAAGAAGGAGAGGGAAAAACAUGCCGCGCACAUAGCAGGCAUUAAUGCAGAGAUGGACAGCCUCAAAGACCUGCUCAAUACCUACCAGAUCUCCAAUCAGCGGAAAGAUGAGGUGAUCGUGAAUCUGACGCGGGCGGUUGACAGGCAGCGAGAGCGGCUGGAGCUGAUGAGGAGCUUCACCCAUUGGAGACUCCAGCACUGUGCUGCCAAAGAGGAGGCUCAGGCGAGCAGGUUGGCAGAGCAGCACCACCAGCUGCAGUUGAAGAAGAAGGUGUGGGCUGCCUGGCACUCGCUUAUCCAAAGAGGCUGGAGGGAGAGGGCAGAGCGGGCAUGCCGUGGUCGCGCUGAGGAGGUCUGUCUGCAGCUCUCUGCUGACUACGAAGCUAAACUGGCAGAGCACGUGGAGGCCCUGCAGAAAGCCCAAGCUGAGAUCCAAAGGUUGCACAGAGAGAGAGAGCGCUAUGAAGACUCCAUGAAGAAGGCUUUCAUGCGUGGUGUCUGUGCUCUUAACAUCGAGGCUCUCAGCAUGUUCCACACUGCAGAUGGAGGCAGACAGGAGCGAGAAGCGCCACCCUCAGGAGACGAACCCAGUUCUAGCUCAAUGGCCAGUCGUCCACUCUUUACUGCAUCUUCAGCACGCCUAAGCCCAAUCAGCAUGGAGACUCCAGUGCAGCCCGUCCUCACCCGCACUAAUACAGAUGACACAGAAGCAGAUCGGUUUAGCUCUCAGCCCGGCUGUUGUACAGCAGCCAGCCGGACAGACGCACUGCCCUCCGCUACAGUAGUGAACACUGCUUUAGCACCUGGAGGCAUCACAAGUUCCCUUCGACAGUUCCCACAGACGAGUGUACGGACAGUAACAGCUGGUCAACAGAAAGCUUCAAAGACAGUGACUGCACGUAUCACGGGACGCUCAGAACUGGCCAAGACAGGCCGUAACCCCAGCAACCUGAAUGUCAUGGGUGUGGCUCCUCCCAUGAGCUCCAUCGUUGUGGAGAGACACCACCCUGUCAGUCAGGUUACCCUCGGUCAGGCAACGGCGGCCAAGUUUCCUCGCUCUGCUCUGCAGAGUCACACCGUGUCCAGUACUAAAAGCUCCAGCCAGCCCAGGGGACAGCCGUCCUCUGCAUUUCACAUCCACUCCAUUAAAGUAGUGGACUAACACACAUACACACACGUACACCAUCCCCUCAUGCCAUCCCACAUAAAUCUGAGUGUCAUUUACACAGCAGUGACGUACAAUGGAAUAAAUUUGCUAAGUGUCAAAUCUAGUUGCGUGUUACAGCUAAAACCUCUUAUUAGAGAAUCAGGGCUUCUUGUUUUGAAGGUUUUAUAUUGUCCAUUCAGGUUUACAUUACAUUUUUAAUGUUUAUAAUGGUUUAUUAAACCUUUUGUAUGUUUUAAAGUAUUUUUAUACUAAUGAAUUUUAGAGAUGCCUUUUAUUUAAUUCAUGGGGUUUUUUUUUUUUUUUUUUUUUUUUUUUUUUUUUUGUGUGGCAGUUUGUCUGUCCCUGAUGAUGAUAAUGUGUGAUGUGAUUAUUUUCAGCAGCGUCUUCUGGGAAGUGAAGUUAAAUUAACCACAUAUCUGCACAAUUCUGUACAGAUUUCGUGUGUUGGUAAAAAUGAAUGUAAAUCGUCGGUUGAAGAAACAGGUAUGUUUAUUAAAGUAAUGUCAUGGUACAUGCUUCUCAAGACUGAUGAAUGAAAUAAAGUAUUUUUUACAUUCA